CCCAGUUCACACGGUAAGCUGAUGGCAGAACAACAAAACGAGCCGGAGCAGCAGACAGCUGGGAAAAGCCAGGCUGCACCGGAAGUAAACUAUAAGCUCACAAUAUAUGAGUUUGAGAAUUUCCAGGGACGCAAGUCUGAGCUUACAGGAGAAUGUAUGAACUUGGCAGAUAAAGGAUUUGAAAAAGUUGGAUCAAUCCAUGUGGAAAGUGGUCCAUGGGUGGGUUUUGAGCAGCAGAAGUUCAAUGGCGAGCAGUUUGUUUUGGAGAAGGGCGAAUACCCGCGAUGGGACACCUGGUCUAACAGUCACAAUAGUGACAGGUUGCUGUCACUUCGACCCCUCCACAUUGAUGGUGAUAGGCACAAGAUCAGUCUCUUUGAGAAUGCUGGCUAUCAUGGAAGGAAGAUGGAGAUUGUAGAAGAUGACGUUCCCAGCCUUUGGGCUCAUGGAUUCCAGAAUAGGGUAGCCAGCAUCAAAGCCACCAAUGGAACGUGGGUAGGGUACCAGUACCCAGGUUACAGAGGACGGCAGUACGUCUUUGAAAAGGCAGAUUACAAGCAUUGGAAUGAAUGGGAUUCAAACCAGCCACUGAUCCAAUCUAUCCGCCGCAUCAGAGACAUGCAGUGGCACAAACGGGGCUGCUUUCAGGACACAGCACCAAGCAGCUGAAGGAGACGUGAACAGGAUCUGAGGCAGGAGGUUAAGGCAAAGAGGAGGAGGAUGAAAUAGAAUGGGAUCCUACCUUGCAAGCAUGCUGCCUUUCAUUCCUGUAAAUAUAUUACUGCAAA